AUGGUGUGGUGCUACGAUUGGCUAGAAUACCUGACGAUGCAUGUGAAACGUCUGAUAAUGUAUGAAAUCCACGGUCUGACUCUGAAAAUUAUCUUUCAUACUCUCAAAUACGGACGCGUAGUCAUGCUCUUCUUGAGCCUGCUAGAAGCUAGCGUGAUGGCAGGUGACAAAAUGCUCGUAUUCAGCCAAAGUCUGUAUACUCUUGAUCUACUCGAACGCAUUCUUCGUCGUCUUCCACUCCCUGAUUCCUACGCAGAGGAUUCUCGACGUCUAACACGCCGAUCUGAUGGUCAAUACACACCAGGGGAUUACGGAAUCUCAGACACUGAAGAGCCAGGGAAGAUCGAUUUUCGUGUUGAGUCGUCUAUUUGUAAAAAUAAAAUGUCUAAUUCCUUAUGGAAUACCGAUGACGAGUCUCGGCAAAACCAUUUGGAUGACAUAGACAAGAAAGAAAGUAAAUUGGAUAGAAAGAAGAACGAGAAUGUGGAUCAACUCGAUGUCUGA